CCCAUCCCUAGUCCACACCCAAAGCCAGCAACCAAACAAACACAUUCCUCGAGGAAAACAGAGAAAUUCACUGAAUUUCGAACUCAAAGCAUGCAAAAAUCGUCCCACUUUGCACGCGAGGAUUCCCAGGAGCACCUGCCCAGCAGCCAGACCCACAACACGGUGAACAUGAAGCGGCGCACCCUCUCCGGAAGCUGUGGCGUUGGCGUCUUCGUCUUCGCGUUCGCCUUCAUUGUGAUUGCCUUUGCAACGCCCAGUUGGUUGGUGAGCGAUUAUCGCAUCACGGGCGCCAAGCUGGACCGUUUGGGGCUUUGGGUGAACUGCUUCCGUUCGCUGCCGGACGUGAACGAUGACAGCCAGCGGCGGUUCUUUGUGGGCUGUCGCUGGGUCUACGAUCCCUUCACCACGGGCUACGAUGAAAUCAGGGGCUUCCUGCUGCCCGCCUUCAUGAUAGCCACCCAGUUCUUCUACACGCUGGCCUUCAUCGGGAUGCUGGUAAGUGCCAUCGGAGUGCUGAUCUUCUUCCUGUGUGCUGGCCCCGAUCAGAAGCACUUCAUCACGCUCAUCCGAUCGGUGGGUUAUGUGCUCCUUGGCUCCGGCGUGAGUGCAGCCAUUGCCGUGAUUGUGUUUGCCUGUUUUGGCAAUCGGAAUGGUUGGAUGCCGGAGCAUGCAAACAAUUGGUUUGGCUGGUCCUUCGUCCUGGCCUGCGUGGGCACGGUCUUCACCUUUGUGGCCGCCACCUUGUUCCUCAGCGAAGCUCAUGUCCAGCAGCGGAAGCGGGUGCAGUUCAAGGAGUCGCAGACGCGAUUCGAGCUGGUACGCGGAUAGUUGCGGACGCAGCAACUAGCACACAUUUGCACUAAGGAAAACAAGAAUCUACAAAGACAAAUUUCAGAGAAAAAAGAAACAAAAACAUUCCGUCCCCACGAAGAAUUCUCACAUUCUAACAAUUGCAGUCGAACUUGAACAAGUAGGAACUGUAUGCUAGCCAAGCUCUACAGAAGCUUUUUUAUUAUUUGUUUCCUGGUUAAAAAUUAGCAUUAUUUUGUGUUAAAUGUAUGAAUCUCAUAUGCAAUUGGCCAUAAAGUGAAAUAGUUUAUUGAAAUCUAAGAAAAUCUUAAGGAAAAUUGGAAUUCUAAUUGAUUAACUUCAAGAAAGUGUAAUUUUUAUAUGAUAGAUACUCCGAAAAAAGAAAUUUUCCUGUUCAGAAGAUUACAAAUCAACAAAGAAAGGUUUCAUAAAACUUAAAAUUACUUAAAUUAAAAUACAUGUAUUGUUUUUGUCUCAAAUUCAAAAUGUUAUAACAAAUCAUAGAAUAUUUUGAGUUAUCUUUGUAAUCCUUCAAUUCAAUCUGUUAAUGUCAAAAUAUCUUAAGCUAGGUUAACAUUUUAUAUACCCAAAAAACAUAUCGAAUAUUUAUUCCAAAUAGUUUAGAGUUCCAUUUAGAGAAGUUCGACUGUAAAGUUUAGGUUUUUAGUUAAAAAAGUUUAUGCAAUUGACAGACAAAACACAGUCAUCCCUUCAGUAUAUUCAGAAUAUUCAGUUUAUGGUACUUAUCAAUCAUCCAUCCAAUCGACCAGAACAAUUCCAGACGAAGACUGAAUGUUUUUCCGAAUAUGAAAAGCACAUCGAUGCACAGCAAGCAACCAUCAAGGGAAAGACGCUCAAACAGAUGACGCAUAAGUAGAGUAAAAUGCGAUAAUAUUUGCAUAACAAUUUUCGCUCAAUUAACGCCCAGAGACAACAACCAGACACAGCCAUUCCCCUACAGCAAAAUGUACCUACCAUUUACUUUACUUUACUUUUUUUUUGCAAAGUCGCAGGCUAGUCGGAAACUAGCAACGAAAUAUUACACUCGUGCCUUAAUUAGAGAGAGAGAUAACUAUUUUGGUAUAGUUUAUAGUGCCUAAAUACAAAUUAUAAUUAUUGUUAGUGAUACCUGACCUGAUGACCGACUACCUGCGACCUGCAACCACACCCAAAAGAUCUAUUGGAUUGCAUAAACUUGUGCUAAGCAUAGUGCCUUAGUUAAGUGACCCAGAGAAAGCUAAGCGAAUCACAUUCGUCCCUUAACUUUAAGCAAUAAUCAUUCCCUUUUUACUCGAAUAUAACGCACACGACUACCUACCUUCUUUUGAAGGUAACUUAGAAUCUGUAUUAGUAUUUAUCCGUCCUCUGCACAAUGCUUUACAAAACUUGUAUUUGUAGCAUAUUCUGAACCAGGAAUUUAGCAAUGUAUUAAAAGCAAAAAACAAACGUCUUUUAAACCAUAUACAAUUUAAUAUUUGUAACGUCUUUUAUGUACAAACGACUUGUAGCUAAAGCGAAGAAAAAUAAAGUUUUUAUUGUAUACAA